AUGAAUGCAGUAGAGCGUCUAGUGCAUUACACAGAUAAUCUCGAAAGUGAACCUGCAUCAAUAGUUCCUGACAAUAGACCAUCAUCUGAAUGGCCUGUUAAAGGAGAGAUAUUUAUAGAUAAUUUGGUUAUGCAAUAUGGACCUGAAAGUCCACCAGUGAUAAAAGAUGUUACAAUUCAUAUAAAAGAUUGUGAAAAAAUAGGAUGUGGAAAGUCUACAUUUGCAACUUCAUUCUUUAGAUUUAUUGAACCAAAAUCAGGACAGAUUAUUGUUGAUGGAAUAGAUAUCACUAAAAUAGGAUUAAAAGAUCUUAGAAAUCCCUUCAGCGAAUACAAAGACAUAACAUUAUGGAAUGCUCUUCGUCGAGCUCAUCUAAUAAAUGGUGACACCGAAGAUGAAUACAAUGACUACCUCAUUAAUAAUGAGAAAUCAAGACUUUCGCACAAGUUAUUAGCCACCGAAACGCCAAUAUCAAAAAAACAAGAUUUACAUUUAGAUAGUCCAGUUAGAGAAAAUGGAAGUAAUUUUUCACAAGGACAACAGCAAUUAAUAGCUUUGGCUAGAGCAUUGGUUCGACAUUCAAAAAUAAUAAUAAUGGACGAAGCCACUGCAAGUGUAGAUUACAAAACUGAUUGUUUAAUCCAAAAAACUAUCAGAGAGGAAUUUGUGAAUAGUACUGUCAUUACUAUUGCACAUAGGUUGAGAACCGUGGUUGAUUAUGACAAAGUUUUAGUUAUGGCAAUGUGUGAAUCGAGUGGAGAGUUUAAUGAACUAGUGGAACUCGCUAAGCAAAAAUAUGAAGGUGAUAAUUUAG